AUGGGACCUAAAGUCAAAGAUGGGUUCUGUUGUGAUAGAGAUAAAGAUAUCAACGGGGGAGAAGAGAUUUCGAUAGUGGAUGCUUUUAAAACUACUGAAGGUGGUAAAGCUUCUUACAUCACUUAUGUGGUCAAACUUGGGAAUCAUACGACCAGACGCAGAUAUUCAUCUUUCUUACAACUCCAUCAAGCACUAUCCGGCCUUUACCCAGUUUUGAUUAUCCCUCCGAUACCUAGCAAACAAUCUAUCGCGGAUUACGCUGUGAAGGGUCAAUCAAAAGCUAAAGAAGAUGCUACUGUCAUCGCUCGUCGGAAGAGACUGUUGGAAGAUUUCUUGAGAAGAUUGGCGAAACAUCCUAUUUUGGGUGGAGAACAUGUCUUCCAUCGAUUUUUGGAAGAUGGUGUUAGCUGGUCCGAAGUCAUGCAAUCACCUCCUAUUUCUCAACUCCCCAAAAAUCCCCUUCACACUCCUUCCCACAACCCAACGUUCCAACCCGCAUCCCCUACUUCCCCAUCAGACGACAUUCCUCCUCUUUAUAUCGCCCAUCACCUCCUUCCUACUCCCUCCCCCACUCAUCCCCUCCAACACCCCGAUCAGAGAUUUAUCGAUAGUGAGGUGUUCACAGAGAAGUUCCAGAAUCAUUUUCAGGGCCAGAUGGAGAAGGUCAAUCGACGUGUCGUGAAACGCUGGGGUGAGAGAGCGGGGGAUAUGUCAGAGCUCGGUGCGGCCUGGAAUGGUUUUAGUCUGGUCGAACCUGGCAAACUAGGAGUGGCUAUUGAGAAAGUUGGACAAGCAGCGGAUACAGAAUACUUAGCUACUGCUGCUUUGCUACAAGCAUGGGAAAGAACCACCACUGAACCUCUUCACAUCUACAGUCAAUUCGCCGUUCUCAUACGCUCCCGUCUCUCCUUCCGACACCAAAAACAUGUCCAAUAUGAGCUGGUGGAAGAAGCUCUAGAAACUCAAAAAGACAAGUUGGCAAUUUUAGAAACGGCAGAACGUGAAGCUCGGAGGUUGGACGAAGCGCUCGAACGUGGUGGUAGUAUACAUCAAUCGAGGUCAGCUUUACCUCCUGAAGAAGAACGGGAACAGAGGGAGAGAGAUGAGGAGAAUCGGGAACGAGCUGCUCGACGGUCUGGUCAAGGCUUUGGACUGUUGAGCGCUAUGAGACAUAGUUUGAGUGGGAUGAUGGAUGUUGAUCCGGAAGCGACGAGGAGGGCGAACAUAGGGAAGACGAGAGAUAAUAUCUCGCAGCUCGAGGACUCGCGUCAAGCCUCUGCGCAGGAUCUGAAAUACGCUUCCACUACUUUGCAAGCGGAUCUGGACAGGUUUCAAAGACAGAAAGUCGCCGAUCUUCGUCAAUUGGCUAUACAACUGAGUAAAGUGCAUAGAGAGUGGUGUCGUCAGAACCUAGAAGCAUGGCAAGCAGCUUCAGCAGCUAUAAAAGAAAUCGAGUCUCAUCCUAACCACCCACCUCCUUCCGCCUCUCCGACUCAAACAACCAAACUCGAUCUUGGAGGUAUGUCCAACAUGUCUGAUCUGAGGGAUGAGAUUGAUCGUGUGGACGCUGCCAACAUUCCUCUUCCUCUUCCCAUAGCGGAGAACGAAGUGGAGGGGAAAGGUAAAGGUAAAGCUGUGGAGAGUGAGGUGGGAUUAGGACCUUUGUGA